AUGCAGAGCGACUUCUGCCGCCAUAGUAAUUUGUAUGGCGGCCGAAGUCACGCUCCACAGCGCUGCAUCGAUCGGCAUUUCUGGUUCAGGCCUAGCGGCAGAAUCCACUCCUGGUCGCUUUUUUCUUCGCUUUUCGCUCGUUCGCCCGCCUCACCGCCUUCGCUUCCCUCUUUCGACUUUCUUCGACUUUCGCAACUCCGUCACUUUUCCCAUCUCGAUCUUGAUACUCUCGACAUUCUGAUCUUCUUUGCCUCUUCUUUGCAUCUUCUUACUCUUCUUGCUCUUCUUACUCUUCUUACUCUUCUUACUCGUCCUACUCCUCGUUUAUUUUCAUAUCUCCAGUCGAUCUGUGUCGAGUCAUCCCCUAUGUCUGCGCUAUUCUUCGCCCACCACAGCCCACAACACCAACAACAACACCACCACCACCAGCAACACCCGGCGCCGCCAACACAUCUGCCAGCAGCGACAGCAGCCACCAUGUCUCACCACCAGCAUCACCAGCACCAGCACCAGCAUCAACAUCAGCAUCAGCACCAGCACCAGCAUCAGCACCACCACCGUCGUCGACAACGGCUCACCCCGUCCAACGCCGGCGCCACCUCGACCCUCAGCUCGCUCACCACCCCCUCGACAGCUCCCGCUCCGUCCUCCGCCUCUGCCUCGUCCUCGGGCUCCCGCCAGUUCCGCGGCGUCAAGUCGAUGCGGGAUCUCGUCGAGGCUCCUGCCAUCACCGCCUUCCGGGCCCGUUUCGAGGCCGGACGCUCCUUUGACCUCGACGACGACCUCGAGUUCUGCCCCAACUUGCUGACCGAGGACGACCUGCAGUCCAUCCACUCCCUGGCUGCCUCGGACCGCAGCUCGCUGGGCAGUGCCUCGCCCGACUCGUCUCCCUUGCAGCACCAGGUUCACCCCAUGCAGCAACACCACAUCAACGGCAUGGGCGGGCACAUGGCCAUGUCGGGCAUGAUGGGCAAGAUCCAUCAGCCCGCCGCCGUCAGGACACGGAAUGCCAUCCCCAUCGUCAACCCGAGCACCGGCAUGCGAGUCUCCAGUCCCACCAGACGGGAGUGGUAG